AUGGUAGAGAACUGGAUCUUCCAGCCCACGGAAUCCUGGCCUACAUUGAAAGAGAAAACAGCAGUUCUUCAUAAGAUGCUGCUUUUCGAAUCAAGGACCGACUCAACAAUGCUUGGGAAGUUUUUGGAGCUUGUCAUUCGAGUCUAUGAAGACCCCAAGAUCACACGAACCGAGCUCACGGUCAGGCUAGAACAUGCUUUCCUAAUUGGUACAAGGGCUCAAGACGUUGAUAUGCGAACUCGUUUCAUGUCAAUAUUUGACAAGAGUUUAACACGUUCUGCCAACACUCGCCUGAGCUACGUUCUGACUUCACAGAACUGGGACACCCUUGCGGAGUCAUUCUGGCUCACUCAAGCUUCGCAGCUGGUGAUGGGAUCAGUUGAUAUGUCUGCAUCAGUCAAGCUACACCCAGACGACUUCACAAUUCCUCCUACAUCUUUCAUAUAUGGGCAUUCUGAGAAAGAUCCAGCUAAGGAGAAUGUCGUUGUCGAUAACCACCUGGAAGCUCUAGUGGCAGAACAGAAGAAGUUCUCUGCGGAACUUGGGGAUGUUAAAGCCCGCGAUAUUCUUGAGCCACUCACUGAGCUUCAACACGCGGACCCUGAAGUUGCAUACAAAGUCUGGGUUAGCUUAUUCACGAUCUGCUGGGCCUCUUUGACACGAGACGAGCGAAUUGAUCUGGAAAAGGGGAUGGUAUCACUUCUCACGCGUGAAUAUCACCAUAGACAAAUUGACGAACGGCCCAAUGUUGUGCAGGCGCUUCUUGAGGGAGUUAUUAGAGCUAGUCCUCGCUUCAAGAUACCUCCCCACGUCAUGAAGUUCCUCAGCCGCACGUUUGAUGCAUGGUAUAUGGCUGCUAUCGCUCUUGAACGGUAUGCGAUUGAUCCGGUCAUUGACACGCCGGUGGUUCGAGAGAGCAACUUGGACGCCCUUGUUGAGAUAUAUGCUGGAUUGCAGGAGGAUGACAUGUUUUAUGGUACCUGGAGAAGGCGCUGCAAAUUCGUCGAAACUAAUGCUGCUCUUUCUUACGAACAACAAGGGAUGUGGGAUAAAUCGCAACAAUUAUAUGAGUCAGCUCAGGUAAAGGCACGCACCGGCUCUAUUCCAUUCGCUCAAGCCGAAUACUUCCUUUGGGAAGAUCAUUGGAUGAUUUGUGCACAAAAGCUCCAACAGUGGGAUAUCCUGACCGAUUUUGCGAAACACGAGAAUUUCAACGACCUGCUUCUGGAGGCCACUUGGAGAAACCUGGAGAAUUGGCAAGGCGACACCAAUCGUGAACAAAUUGACUCUCUUCUAAAGUCAGUUUCGGAUGCACCCACUCCACGCCGCACGUUUUUCCAGGCCUUCAUGUCCUUAUUAAAAUUCCACACGAAACAAGAGACUUUGCAGGAGUUCAAUAAUGUUUGUGACGAAUCUAUUCAACUGUCGAUUCGAAAAUGGCACCAGCUUCCAAAGCGGAUCACCAAUGCCCACAUUCCCAUAUUACAGAAUUUCCAACAACUUGUCGAGCUUCAUGAUGCCAGCGUUAUCUGCACCAGCCUUUCGCAGACCAACGAACGCAACAUGGAUACAAAAUCUGCCGAACUGAAACUCCUUCUUACCACAUGGCGAGAUAGGCUACCCAAUGUAUGGGAUGAUAUCAAUGCCUGGCAGGACCUUGUCACUUGGCGACAACAUAUUUUCCAACUUAUCAAUUCCACAUACCUUAGCCUUCUCCCUCCUCAGACCAACAAUGUGGCAAGCAAUUCGUACGCCUUCCGAGGCUACCACGAGACUGCAUGGAUAAUCAACAGAUUUGCCCAUGUUGCACGGAAACACCAGAUGCCGGAAGUUUGCAUCAAUCAACUCAGCCGAAUCUACACGUUACCCAAUAUUGAGAUUCAAGAAGCCUUUUUGAAGCUGAGAGAGCAAGCAAAAUGUCAUUAUCAGAACCCGAAGGAGCUGAAUAGUGGACUAGAGGUCAUCAACAACACCAAUCUCAACUACUUCAAUGCACAGCAAAAGGCAGAAUUCUACACCCUGAAGGGUAUGUUUUUGGCGAAAUUGGACCAUAACAUGGAGGCGAAUGAGGCAUUUGGCGUAGCUUUAUUCUAUGACUUACGUCUGGCUAAGGCUUGGGCCGAGUGGGGCCAGUACAGCGACCAACGAUUUAAAGCUGAUCACUCAGAUAUUGAUCAGGCUUGCAAUGCAAUAAGCUGCUACCUUGAAGCCGCUGGCCUGUACAAAAAUCACAAGUCUAGGAAACUCCUCAGUCGUAUUCUCUGGUUGUUAAGCCAAGACAACGAUGAAGGGAAAAUUGCAAGUGCGUUCGAGAAUUUCAAGGGGGAUACUCCUGUUUGGUACUGGAUUACCUUCAUACCUCAGCUACUUGCAAGUCUUGCACACCGGGAGGCUAGGCUAUGCAAGGCAGUUCUCGGGAAAAUCGCCAAGUUGUAUCCUCAAUCACUCUUCUUCUUGCUCAGGACCAGCCGCGAGGAUUACCUAGGCCUAAAGAAGUCACAAGAGCAAAAACAAGAAAAGCUCAAUCGUGCAAAAGCCUCGGGAUCUCCAACAACAAAGAGCGGUUCUCCAGAGGCCAAAUCUUCUAUGCUUCCAGAUGCUGCGGCGGCCUCGAGCUCACCGAGGGCUGUAGCGUCUCCCAAGCCAACGCCCCCAGUGGCAAAUGGACAAACUCCUAAUGAAGGUGACGCAGCUCAAAAGGAUAAACAACCUUGGGAAUAUGCCGAUGAAACAAUGGCAGGUCUUAAAACAGCCUUCCCUCUACUUGCCUUGACCAUGGAGACUAUGGUGGACCAGAUACACAAGAAUUUCAAAUGCCCACCUGAUGAAGAUGCUUACAGACUUAUUGUUGCUCUACUCAAUGAUGGUCUUGCAUAUGUGGGCCGUAUGCCUACAUCGUAUGCACAAGACUGCAAACUCCCACAUUCUACCGAAGCAAAUAUUACCCGUUUUGCAGAAACCAUUCUUCCUGCACACAUUCGAAAGUCGUUUGAGGCCGAUUUUGUCACCAAGAAACCAACCAUGUACGAGUAUAUCCAUAAGCUGCGACGAUGGAGGGACAAGUUUGAAGAGAAAUUGGACCGCCGGCCACAAUAUGCCCACUUGGAGUCAUUUUCGUCUCACCUUAGCGAAUUCAAGUUCAUGAAAUUUGAUGAAGUUGAAGUUCCUGGACAGUAUCUUGAACACAAUGACAAGAACCAAAACUUUGUCCGCAUUGAUCGGUUCCUCCCCCACGUUGAUCUAGUGCGUGGAAUUGGGGUAUGCCAUCGUCGUUUGAGGAUUCGUGGCCAUGACGGCAGCCUACACACGUUUGCUGUCCAACAUCCUGCAGCCCGCCACUGUCGUCGUGAGGAGAGAAUGCUUCAGCUAUUCCGAAUCUUCAACUGUGUAUUAAGGAAGCGUAAGGAAAGCCGUCGACGCAACAUUUACUUCCACCUUCCACUCAUGGUUCCUUUUGCACCGCAUAUCCGCUUGGUUAAGGACGACCCAUCCUACAUCUCUUUGCAGGGUAUAUAUGAAGACCACUGCCGCCAGACUGGAAUGGCCAAAGAUGAGCCGGUUCUGUUCACAAUGGAGAAAAUGCGAGCUCUGGCAGAAGCAAAAGCAAAUGUAAGUGUAUCAAGUGUGGACGACCCAAAUCCAACUUCAGCUAACCCUUCUCAGCGGGCCCCCGAGCAGGCUGGAAUCCUUCGUACCGAGAUUUUCGACGCCAUCCAAAAGAAAUGGGUGCCCAACACCAUUCUUUUGCAGUAUGUCCAGCAGACGUAUCCAAACUUUGCAGACUUCUGGCUCUUCCGACGACAAUUCUCGUACCAGUAUGCUGCAAUAGCCUUCAUGACUUACGUGAUGCAUAUGGGCAACCGAUACCCAAGCAAGAUACAUAUCUCUCGGCGGACAGGCGAUAUUUGGAGCUCUGAGUUGAUCCCAGCAAUGAACUCUGCCAGGGCUAUAUUUUACAACCCAGAGCAGGUUCCCUUCCGGUUAACUCCCAACAUCCAAACGUUGAUGGGACCGUUGACAACAGAAGGCAUCUUUGCUUGUGCCAUCAUGGCUAUCGCUCGUUGCCUCACUGAACCAAGGCUCGAGUUGGAACAGCAGCUCAGCAUAUUUGUACGGGAUGAGCUUGUGAUGUGGGCAAGCGCGCAGCAGCGUGUUCUCCAGCAGCUUAAAGAUAUGGUGCAGAGCAAUAUCGACUAUAUCGUGAACCGAGCAGCCAGCUUGACAAGUUCUCCAGACGGAAAUCUUCCCGCAAAUCAGUCGGUUAUUGAUCUCAUUUCUCGGUCUGUCAAUCCUCACAACCUAGCCCAGUGUGAUGCUUUAUGGAUGGCAUACGUGUAA